CACUGGGUGUGCAGCCAAGCGUAAAAUGGGGUGUGACACUUCCAGUGGGUCCUCGAGUGAUGAGGAAAAGAACGGUGGAUCCUCACCUACUGAAACAAGGAGUGCUAUGAACAAGAGAAAGCAAAGUCAUUUCCCAGUCACAAAGGGCUACAGAGGUACCAAAGGGCA